GCGAGUAAAGCAGUGUUCUAUUUUAGUUUCGAUCUCCUCCUCUCUCUUCCUCUUUCGUACGCACCUCGUCCACCACCCAACCUCUCGUUCUCUCUCCUCAAACCCCCACCGUCAAAGGCGGAAAUCCCAAUCCCAUCCACCAGCUACGAAGAUGUUGAGGGUGGCGGCAAGGCGGCUCUCUUCUCUCUCCUCCUCUUCAUGGCGUCCCGCCGCCUCCUCCACCGUUGUCUCCAAGGCUCCUCUCUCCCGUGACGACGAGGAGUGCAGAUCCACCCCUUUAUUCGUACCUCAUUUGUACUCUCACUAUCGAGGAUUUGCUAGUGAGCACCUGAUCCCAAAAGCUGAACAUGGCAUAAUCCUUGAUGUUCCAGCUACUGUGCAUGCAAUUAAGAAUCCCUCGUCAAAAAUAACGUAUGAUGAGUACAACCAUGAACGAUAUCCGCCUGGUGAUCCCAGCAAGAGAGCAUUUGCUUACUUUGUUCUCACUGGUGGAAGAUUUGUGUAUGCUUCCCUUAUUCGACUGCUUGUCCUCAAGUUUGUGCUGAGUAUGUCUGCUAGUAAGGAUGUCCUUGCGCUGGCAUCACUUGAGGUUGAUCUCUCAAGCAUUGAGCCAGGGACUACUGUGACAGUGAAGUGGCGUGGAAAGCCAGUCUUCAUCAGGCGCCGAACAGAGGAUGACAUCAAGCUGGCUAACAGUGUUGAUCUUGGAUCCCUGCGUGACCCACAGAAGGAUGAAGAAAGAGUUAAGAACCCUGAGUGGCUUAUUGUCAUUGGUGUCUGCACUCAUUUGGGUUGCAUUCCUUUGCCAAAUGCUGGAGACUAUGGUGGAUGGUUUUGUCCUUGCCAUGGUUCUCAUUAUGACAUCUCUGGUAGAAUUCGCAAGGGUCCUGCACCAUAUAAUCUUGAGGUACCCACUUACUCUUUCCUGGAAGACAACAAGUUGCUAGUUGGUUGAAGAACCAACGAGAUGAUGGAAAGCCACUUUAAGCCAGGGAUGAUGGCGAUAUCUAGAAUUCUUUCUUUUUUGGUUUUCCUUUAGUGAACUUGGAUAUCAGAAAUUUUCUGAGACAUUCGCAUAUAAAUUUAUUUUGCUUUGACCAUGUCAAAAACAUACUUGUGUAAUUUUAUCUGGUGAAGUUGGUGUUAAGAAAUAAUCUGCUGGGCGUUUUGCUUAGUAUAAA